UAUAUAGUGCUCUACAUACUCAUUCGUGUAUACAAACUAGUUACUUCUUAGACUCUUAUAUCUUCUACCUCUUCAACUGAACUAUCCUAGUUUGUUUGCAUUCUUUUUCCUCUUUCUCAGAAAACCCUUUCGCUCUGAAUGCCGGAAAACAUGAGUAUUUCUGUGAAUGGACAAUCCCAAGUCCCCCCGGGCUUUCGAUUUCAUCCUACCGAAGAGGAACUCUUGCAGUACUAUUUAAGGAAGAAAGUUUCAUAUGAGAAGAUUGACCUCGAUGUAAUUCGUGAUGUCGAUCUCAACAAACUCGAGCCAUGGGAUAUACAAGAGGUGUGUAAAAUAGGUACCACCCCUCAAAAUGAUUGGUACUUCUUUAGCCACAAAGACAAGAAGUACCCCACUGGGACGCGCACCAAUCGUGCCACUGCUGCUGGGUUCUGGAAAGCCACUGGCCGUGACAAAGUGAUACAAAGCAAUUGUAGGCGGAUCGGAAUGAGGAAGACUCUUGUGUUCUACAAAGGCCGAGCCCCCCACGGCCUAAAAUCCGAUUGGAUCAUGCACGAGUAUAGGCUAGACGACAACGUCACUGAUACCGAUAUCUCCAAUGCUAUGGGAGAGGCAAGUCAGGAGGAGGGGUGGGUGGUGUGCCGUAUAUUCAAGAAGAAAAAUCUGCACAAAACCCUAGACAGCCCUGUGAGUUCAUCAUUCACUGCAGAAACAAGAAGCCAGAUGUUUGAUUCAAGUAAUGGUGGAGCCUUGGAGCAAAUGCUCCAAUACAUGGGAAACGGUAAGGAGGAAGAGAUGAAUGAAGCAAAAAGCAGCGCAAGAACAUAUCUCAGGCCCAUCGAGACAGGUAUGAAAAAUGGUUACCAUGAGAGAUUCAUGAAGCUUCCAAGCCUAGAGAGCCCAAACUCCACAAGCAGCCAAUGUUAUUACCAGCACAAUAUUCAUCCGGAGAUGAUCAUAGAAAAUGAAGGGUCCUCAGUCACCAAUCCCAACUCUGUUUAUAGUCAAAUGGACUCAGCUGCUCUCACCAACUGGGCAGCCCUUGAUAGGCUUGUAGCUUCUCAGCUCAAUGGCCAAACAGAGGCUUCUAGGCAAUUAGCCUGCUUCAAUGACCCCACAAACACCAUGCCUUAUUGCAGUACUGAUCAUGAUCUCCAAUUUUCAACCCUUCGAUCAUCAUCAUCCUCUUCCAACAGAUCCUACCAUCCCGCACAGGACUACAACAGCGAAAUCGACCUCUGGAGUUUUGCUCGAUCAUCAUCAUCAUUCUCAUCCUCUGACGACCCACUAUGCCAUGUGUCAAACGCCCCGGUAUAACAGAAUAACCUUCGAUAUAUAUUAUGUAUAAUCAUAUAAUAUUAGUUCUUGAAGUCAGAGAGGCUCAUAAUUACAGGCAGUUAUUUGUGAUAAUGCUCUAGUACCUGAUAUGUUAGAUAAAUAAAGGUGAACAACUUUUAGA